UUUAUAUCAAAGUAAAGACUGAUCAUUCAUAAAUCAUUUCUGUUAGGUUCAAGCUAAUCGGCUUAAUUUUCGUACCGCCACAAGCUCUUUUUCGAGUAACAGUGUAGUGCAAUAAUACAAUCAGUCAAACCCGUAGACAACACUCUGGAGGCAUCCGAGUCUCGUAGUUCUGCAAUUUCGACGCGCGAAUUAUACGGGACAUCGUAUUCUACACUACACAGUACAUGACUCAUGUCGGAUCAAAGCGCUUCCGAGUCUUCAGCCGUUCAGCCGUUUGAGCCGUCCGAGCCGUCCAGCGGCGAAGACAGCACUCGCACUGUCGCCCCACAGAAUGAAGAACAACAAGAAGGCGGUCGCCGUCAACAAGGCUCGAUGUUUCAGACUCUCAUCUGGCGUUUGCUCGUCUUCUGGUUCAUAUCCAACUUGUUACGACGCAGUUUCGGACCAAAAACCGACGGUGGAAUUCCCAGCAAAAACAUAUUCGAUAGAAACCAGUUGAUGGACCUUCAUGUGUAUCUCGCAGAGAGCAAACGCUUCUCUGAUUUCGGCAAUCAGACGGCUCUGUUUUGGUUUCAGGAGGAUAUCGAGUACGGCAGCUGGAGUGACGGUGAGAACAGUGACGGAACACGCACGUUCAGUAGUUCAAUUCAGAUAUCCGAGAAUGUGAAGAGAAACGGCUCGUUGUAUGUUCACGUGUUUCUCACAAAGUCUGGUGUCUCUCCCGAUCCUACUGAUGAGUCAUACGAGCGGCUGGCUGUUGUUCAUUCGAAGAAAAGGUUGAAUAUCUACAAGCGAAGACGCGUGCACAAGACAGCUAAUCUUCUUACUGGUGAGGCAGACGUCAGUCCAGGCUCGAUAGUGCAGAAAACUGGACUUGAAACUCCAACGGAAAUCAUCAGCUACUGGCAUCCCAAUCUAACGAUCAAUGUGAUCGAUGAUCAAACAGCAUGGAUAAAGGGCAGCAUUCCUCCGCCAGUAAACGAAUACGUCAAGUUUGACAAUCAAACGGGCGAUUACUAUCCCAUUGUCUAUUUCAAUGACUUUUGGAAUCUUGCGAGUGAAUACACACCGAUCAAUGAGACAACUCCAAAAUUGAAUCUCACAUUGACGUAUGGACCUCUGUCAUUGUUUCGAUGGCAAAUGUAUCUGUCACAACAGCAACGGAGUCAGUGGAUGAAAUAUUUCGGAGAGACAGAAACGGAAGGUGAAGAUGAGGACAGUCUUAAGCAAGCGUUGAUUGAAACAAAUCCGUAUCUCUUGGGUUUGACAAUCAUCGUGUCUCUCCUUCACACCGUGUUUGAAUUCCUGGCAUUCAAGAAUGACGUUCAGUUUUGGAAGAGCCGCAAGUCAUUAGAAGGUCUCAGUGUUCGCUCUGUCUUUUUCAAUGUCUUCCAGUCGAUCAUCGUCGUGCUGUAUGUGUUGGACAACGAUACUAACGUUAUGGUCAUAUUCAGUUGUAUUGUCGGCUUGGGAAUCGACUUGUGGAAGAUCACAAAAGUAGUCGACGUAAAGAUUGACAGACAACGAUUGCUACUAGGAUUCAUACCGCGGAUUACGUAUGAAGAUAAAUCAUCAUACACGGAAUCAUCGACUAAGCAAUAUGAUCUGCUGGCAUUUAAAUACUUGUCUAUUUUACUCUUUCCACUUUUUGUUGCGUAUGGAGUUUAUUCCCUCUUGUACCAAGAACACAAGGGAUGGUACUCGUUCUGUCUCGGAAUGUCUUACGGAUUUCUUCUAACAUUUGGUUUCAUUAUGAUGACUCCUCAGUUGUUUAUCAACUAUAAACUGAAGUCGGUGGCUCAUCUGCCGUGGCGUAUGCUGACGUACAAAGCUUUGAAUACGUUUAUUGACGAUCUGUUUGCAUUUGUCAUUCGAAUGCCGAUGAUGUAUCGUAUCGGAUGUCUUCGAGACGACGUCGUAUUUAUCAUUUACGUGUAUCAACGAUGGAUCUAUCCAGUCGAUCCCACACGAAUGAACGAAUUUGGAGGCAGCGGUGAACAGCCAGUUGUCACACCCUUGAAAACAGAAACAGAAGAAGUCAGGGAGGGUGAUGAUUCGUCUGCUCAGCCCGACACGGAACACGAGAGCGAUCUGUCAUUAACAGGUCAAAGUUUGAACACGGAGAUUAAUGGUUCGAAUACACUUGUUAGUGAAGAUGCUGUUAGUGACAAGUCGGUCUUAGACAAAAAGAACGAUUAAUGAUUUCUAUGAUUGCUGCAUUCAUAGUACUAUUUGUUUAUGCGUUUACUCAAAUAGUCCACUGCACUGACAUUCGAGUGUCAUAUGUGGUAUGUUGUGUGAAUGUGUAAGGCUCGGUUGGUGAUGGGUGCAUGGGUGUUGUGCAUGCAGACAGCAGUCUGAAGGCUUGGUUGAUGUAGCACUGAUUCG